AUGACUGACAGCGGCAAGUGUGCAUUUGUGCUUGGAAUCGAGCUUUUGGACGGCGCAGAUGGAAGUGUGACACUAUUCCAGCGUCGGUAUGUGGAUGACAUACUCAAGCGCUUUGGCAUGGACGAUUUCAAGGCCGUCGCAAGUCCAUUCGACAUGAACUCUCGACUUGUUUCAAGUGAUGCAACUACCAAGGUCGAUGCUCCUUUUCGCGAAGCUGUUGGUGCGUUGAUGCACCUGACCACUGCAACACGCCCGGACAUUGCGUUCGCCGUGGUCUAUAUACCUCCAAGGCACCAAGACGCAUGGAUUCGCUAUAAGACAAACAGCAAGAUCUACUUCCGUGGAUAUUCGGAUGCAGACUGGGCUGGUGAUCUUACCGACCGCAAGUCAACUUUGGGGUACACGUUCAUGCUACCUGUUGCGCCAGUGAGUUGGGGCAGCAAGAAACAGCCAAGUGUUUCGUUGUCCACGAGUGAAGCUGAAUGCAUCGCACUCAGCUUGGCGAUUCAAGAGGGCAAGUGGAUUCAUCGUCUACUUUGUGAGAUCAUGAUGGCUGCCAAUGAAGAAGGACCGGAGCUCAUGAUCCAUGAAGACAAUCAAUCGUGUAUCAAGAUGACGAAGAACCCGGUCAACCACGGCCGUGCCAAGAACAUUGACAUAGAGUAUCAUCACAUCCGUGAUGAGGUCAAGCGCGGUGAAGUGAAGCUCAAGUACUGUGAAACUGCGGUGAUGUUAGCGGACAUCAUGACGAAGGGACUUCACGGGCCACGCCACAAGGAGACGACGGCGGCUCUCGGGAUUCGUGCGUGUUCGCAUUGA